UUGUUUUUCUGCUUUGCCGUGAUUGAUUUAGAUUUUUUUCAGAAUCCGGUCCAGAUAUUGGUAAACGCGAUAAUCAACAGUGGUCCCAGAGAAGACUCGACACGCAUUGGUCGCGCGGGCACUGUUAGGAGACAGGCUGUCGACGUUAGUCCUCUGCGUCGCGUCAAUCAGGCGAUUUGGCUGUUGUGCACUGGUGCUCGAGAAUGCGCGUUCCGAAACAUCAAGUCGAUCGCAGAAUGCUUAGCCGAUGAAUUGAUCAACGCGGCUAAGGGGUCUAGCAAUUCGUACGCCAUCAAGAAGAAGGACGAAUUGGAGCGUGUUGCCAAAUCUAACCGUUAA